AUGCACGUCCAGACCCACUACUGUUUCGGGUGUGCAGCCCUUGGGCAGCACAUACCCUUGCAAUGUGCUGACUGUUUGCAAGCAGACUUGAGCGCUGGCCAGCAGCUGGUGACUGUUAAGAAGGGGCCCUUCUACUGCAAGGGUUCCCAGGUCACUCUGUGGUGCAAGGUGAGCGGCUACCAGGGCCCGUCGGAGCAGAACUUCCAGUGGUCCAUCUACCUGCCCUCGGCCCCUGAGCGGGAAGUGCAGAUCGUCAGCACCAUCGACCCGUCCUUCCCCUAUGCCAUCUACACCCAGCGCAUGCGCAGCCGCGGGAUCUAUGUGGAGCGGGUGCAGGGGGAUGCCGUUCUGCUGCACAUCACCGACCUGCAGGACCGGGAUGCCGGCGAGUAUGAGUGCCACACACCCAACACUGACGAGAGGUACUUCGGGAGUUACAGCGCCAAGGUAAACCUCCCAGUGAUCGCAGACACCCUCUGUGCUUCCGUGGCACUGCAGGUCCUCACCUGCAGUGAAGGGGAUGCAGUGGAGCUCACCUGAGAGGUGGCCAAGCUCACUGCCCAGCACGCACAUCUCUCUGUUGGUUGGUACCAUCUUCAUGGAGCAGGAGAGCACUGCUCUGAGGAGGUCCUCACCCUCUCCAAGGACUUUGUCUUGAAACCAGGGCCCUCUUACAUGCAGAGGUUUCUGGUGGGAAACGUGUGGCCGAAUAAUAUUGGGAGCAUCACAUGCAAGCUCUCCAUCAAAGGAGCGGAGCUGUCUGACCAGGGGCAGCUGUACUGUGAGAAAGCUGAGUGGAUUGAGGAUCCUGAUGGGAUGUGGAAGGAUAUCUGGGAGGACACUGCUGGUGAUCAUGAGCCAGGAUAUGGGCAGAGUUUUGAACUCAUCUGCCUAGUGAGCACAAACUAUACCCUUAAGGAGGUGCCAGUGUCUGUGAGGUGGUUCUUCCAGCCCAGCCUGUCUGGUGGCCGCUACCAGGAGCUGGACCACAGCACCAUGGGCUGUGGGACUGUGCAGCCACACUUCCAGGGAAAAGCUCUGUUGACGAAGGCUGACAUCUUCAGGCUGCCCAUCCACAGCACUGUGCAUGCCAACAACGGGUUGUACCUGUGUGAAGUGGAGGUCUGGAGGAAGAGCACCCUGCUGUUGGGGCCACCAGCAGCCCCCACCAGGUACAGUCCUGUGGGGAUAAAGGUGGUGCUGCCAGGUAAGCAGUGCCUUGGGUGCUUCUUCAGCAGAGGUCUCCUCUUCUGCAAUUUUAAAUCUAUCAAACAUGAUCGGGAUUAUGCCAAGUAUAAGAGGCCCUCCAGCCCACCCUCCCUGCGCCUGCUCCCUGCUGCAUGGUGUCAGCUCGCUCUGCUCAUGGAUGGGGCUGCUGGAGGAACUGGAGGACGUGUCCCGGCCAAAGCCUCUAAGCCUGUGGAGGCGGAUAAAGCAAGCUUUGGGUGGUUACAGAAGAUCACUCUGCGGAAAUUGCUGGUGGUGCUGACACAGCCAUUGAGUGAAAACUCCCAGAGGAAGCAUCAGGAAGGACCACACUGGAGUUCAAGCUCCCAGAAGAUUUCCAUCAGCCUGCAGGCACAGACAGACACAUUUAUAUGGCAACUCAACAUAACUUUCUGCUCACAUCCUACUCCAGGGGAGGAGGUGCAGCUGGAGAAAACCAGCCGCAUCAUCUCAGCGAGGAGGGAGGGAGAAGAGGUGACGCUGCGCUGCCUGUUGCAGGGUGCCCGCCUGCUCGCCACCCGCCUCUCGGCCACCUGGUUUAGGGGCAAUAAGAGCAGCCGCAUCAGGACCCUGCUCACCCUCCAUUGCAAUGGCUCUGUUCAGUACCCCAAGGAGAGCCUGGCAGGGACACUGUACCUCUGCCACCCUGCUGCCAGUGACUUCAACUUGACACUGCACAGCGUGGAGGGGGGUGAUGCUGGGCUGUACCACUGCUGGGUACAGGAGUGGCAGCAACAGGGUGAGGGGAAGGACUGUGUUCUGCAAAUCUUGGUGUGCUCAAAGUACAUGCAGCUCAUGACCACCAUCCCUAUGGGUAAUGCUGCCUGGAUAGAAAAACAGAGAGAGAAACUCAAACUGUCUUGGGGCCUCACUCCUUUUUCCUUUUUUCCUCCAGAGUCAGCCAUUUUGUCUAGAACCUGCUUUUCCUUACCAGUGUUGAACUUCAUUCUGUACUUACCACUGGUGCUGAUCCUUCUCCUGGCCCUUGCUGUGUUGUGUUGGUACUUCAAGUUCAGAAGAAGCAAGAAGGGUAACAUUACAGGAGACCAGCUGAUGGAGCUGCAAGGGGCUGGAGGGGUUGAUAAAACAAGGGUCUGCAGUGGCAGAUAUAAUUGAAGGAGUGGAGCUGGACAGCUGAGGGGGACUGAGUACUUGCAGAGGGGAUUGUUAUCAUUAUGUAGUAGCUUUUGCAAUGAGAUUUUAUAUUUUCUUUCAGUGGAAUGAAGCAGCUUUGGAUUACUGAGCAUAUAGGGUUUUCAUAACAAGUAUUCCUCUCUCCUAGGUUAGGUACCCACCCUUUUCAGACUCUGUUCAUUGUGCGGUAUUUGAGGUCCUUGCAGUAUGUGUCUCCCACUGUGGAUGGAAGUGGUGUUAUUCCUUGACAAGUAUAAGGGGAAAAACAGUUCUUUUUGCACUGUGACACAAACGUAUCUAAUUGCUACUUAUUUUAGGUGACUUGACAAAAACUCUGUGGCUAGAAACUAGCGGCAGAACUAGAAAUGGAAUAUUGGUGUCCCAGUUUAAGGCAUUACGCUUGCCUUUGCCCACCUUUUGCUGAGGACACUUUUUUUUGCUCAUCGUUUUGCUCAGACACUGCUGUCCCCUCUUUCUGAGAGUGCCUGUGCCCAAAGAGCAUCUUCUCUGAAAAGAAAUGGUCUUCUUCACAAAACCUGUAAGAGGAACCUGAGGACUGAGCAAGGCUGGAUGGGCCUGAAGAAAGUCCAUAGCAGGAGUACCACAACCACCCACAAAAAAUGAAUCUUGUAGACCCAAUACAGGACUCGUGUGAAUUCUUGGAUCCCAGAAGGAAGAAUUGGACACAAAGACAUCUUGAAGAUGAGUGUAAAAAGACUUCCCAGCUCCUUCAUUUGGUAGGUCUGCUGUAGGAGAAGUCCAGCCUCUCAUGCCUGGACUAUCUGUGGGUCAGGAAGCUGGGACCUGGUAUUAGGUGCCUCCUUGCUGUACCAUGUAAUAAAAAAGUCAUGUGUUUGUGGGGUAGCUCCUCUGUGCUCCAGCAUCCGGCUCAGGCUCACCUUUUCAAGGUUGAGGCAUUCUGCCUCCGGAAGGCUGGCUGAUGCAUUCGAGGAAAAAAGAUUUCAAUCCAGUCCCUGUAAGUCAAGGGAUAGUCAACCCCUAGUUGUGCAAAGUGGGAAG